CUGAAAACAACUCGUUGCCCGGAUAAACACUUUCCCCGUCAAUUUCUGACGGCCCCACGUCACGACUCCUCCACCAUGGCCUCCAGAAUGGACCGCGCCCGGAGGAAAUCCAUGUCCCCGGAAGAGCGCUACCAGCGCGCCGUCAGCGCUCGCCGAAAAUUCCGGGCACUCGUCAAACUCAUCAUCGCCAAUUUGUCCUGGCUUCAGGAACUCGAAGACGAGAAACUCGGCGACAAUGUGAAGAAAAACAUUCAAGUCUUGACUCGGAAAAAAGGCAAGAAGAGUCUCCUAACACUCAAAGACAAAGCCGUCUUGAACAAACCCCAAGAACUGAGAACCGAAGCCGAAAAAAAUCACUUGAGGAGAAUCAUCGGGAACCUGAAAUGUUUCCGGCGCUAUCCUCCGGAAGUCAAAAGCCAACUACCCGGAAUUAUGUAUUUUAAUUACUUUGGGCCGAACCGAGUCGUUGUAAAGCAAGACUACGAGGCGCAAAAUCUCUACGUUAUUUUGACCGGUGAAGUCGUUGUGAGCCAAACGUACUACGACAAACUCCUCAAGGAAAAUGUGACCAAAGAUGUCCUCUUGAUGGGCCCGGGGAAUUACUUCGGAGAAGUUGGUCUUCUUCACAACAUCGCUCGAACAGCCACGGUCACAACAACCGAAGCCACGGAAUUUCUCUACGUCAAGCGUGACGAUUUCGAUCGUGUUUUAAAGGACACAGUGGCCAGUCAAUGGGCCGAAGUGCAGGAAAAUAUGUCCUGGUUCACUUAUUUCCGAAACUGGAGCGAAGUGGACAUACGCGAGAGUUGUAUCCUGGCCAAGAAGAAAAAUUACGAACCCGACCAAAUUGUUCUGAGUAGCACCGGAGGUCAACUGGACUGCGUCUAUUUCAUCACCAAGGGCAGUUGCUACCUCAUUGAAUACAUGACGAUCAAAACCACGUGGAAAAAAGGACUACCGCACUACACACUGGUGAAAGAAAGCCCCGAAUCGGAGGCCAGGCCACCAGCGGCGAUUUACAAAGACAUCAAAAAAUUACACAAGAGGGAAGAGUCCCACAUGGGCUUGAAACCAUCGCUACGACCAGCGAUAAGCACAUCGCGACCGUCGUUAAGACCCUCUUAUACGCAACCAAACAUCCAAACCCACUUUAUCAAAGUUUGCACUUUCAAUAAAUUGGCCUGUUUCAACGUCGGUGAAAGUUUGAAGAACAGGAUCAUCGUGGCUUCUGACGAGACUGAAUGCCUUCUUUUGCCCAGAUAUUUUCUUCGGGACAAAAGUAUGAUCACCUUCAAGGCAAUUGAGCAGUUUUUGACGCGACACAUUCCGAGUACUGAACAGAUCUUCAAAAAUUUUCUGGAAGACCACAGAUGGACGUAUUAUAAAAGCCAACUGGUGGAAAAAAUUUUGGCCGAUAAGGCCUUCACAGGGAACACUGUGCACAAUAUUCCGUACACGAUACGACUAGCUGAAGAUUUGGGCGAAAUUUGAAUUAAAUUUUUUCGUUACACUAA